GUUGCACCCGGGCAGAGUGUGGUCGCGACGGGGCGGGCGGACUCUCAGGCGCUCAGAGUCGGCCUCGGGUCCUCGGUGCCUGGCGCUAGAACCUCCAUCCCGACCUCCACCCGGACCCGGCCCGCGACCCCGACCCGGCCUGGCCCGGCCCCCGCCCCCGCCCCCCGGGCCGAUGGACUACUCCUACCUCAAUUCGUACGACUCGUGCGUGGCUGCCAUGGAGGCGUCCGCCUACGGCGACUUCGGCGCCUGCAGCCAGCCUGGCGGCUUCCAAUACAGCCCCCUGCGGCCCGCCUUCCCCGCGGCAGGGCCGCCCUGCCCCGCGCUCGGCUCCUCCAACUGCGCGCUUGGCGCCCUACGCGACCACCAACCCGCGCCCUACUCGGCAGUGCCCUACAAGUUCUUCCCGGAGCCGUCGGGCCUGCAUGAGAAGCGCAAGCAGCGGCGCAUCCGCACCACGUUCACGAGCGCGCAGCUCAAGGAGCUGGAGCGCGUCUUCGCCGAGACCCACUACCCCGACAUUUACACGCGCGAGGAGCUGGCGCUCAAGAUCGACCUCACUGAGGCUCGCGUGCAGGUCUGGUUCCAGAACCGCCGGGCCAAGUUCCGCAAACAGGAGCGCGCGGCCAGCGCCAAGGGCGCGGCGGGUCCGGCGGGCGCCAAAAAGGGCGAGGCGCGCUGCUCGUCCGAGGACGACGACUCCAAGGAGUCCACGUGCAGUCCCACGCCAGACAGCACCGCAUCGCUGCCGCCGCCACCCGCGCCGGGUCUGGCUAGCCCGCGCCUGAGCCCCAGCCCGCUGCCUGCUGCCCUAGGCUCCGGCCCCGGGCCGGGUCCCGGAGCACAGCCGCUCAAGGGCGCGUUGUGGGCUGGCGUGGCGGGCGGUGGGGGCGGCGGGCCUGGCGCGGGCGCAGCCGAACUACUUAAGGCCUGGCAGCCAGCGGAGCCCGGGCCCGGGCCCUUCUCCGGAGUUCUGUCCUCCUUUCACCGGAAGCCCGGCCCCGCCCUGAAAACCAAUCUCUUCUAGCCGCUGGCCUCUGGAGGCUCUGAGCCUUGCCCCAGAGACGUCCCAGCCCUUCCAGGACCUGACAGUCCCUCCUGUUCCCCGCCGCCAGCCUGGAAGUCCCAUCCGUCCCCACUGCCCACAGUGACCCCUAGUUGCGCCCUCCCCAGCCUUGGAGACCAAGUCAGGGCCACUCUCGUCCUAACCCACCCCCACCCAGUAGAGUGGAAUACUUUUCACCAGGACCCCCACUCCAGGAGAGCCAAGAGCCCCCUUCUAGCCUGGCCUUCUUUGGAUACGGGAUCAAAUAUCACCUGUCCUUAAUGCCCAACCGUGAGAUCCUCGAGGAGUGGUGUGGCCCCAUUUCCUGGCUCUACAGCUGGCUGGGUCACUCCUUACCCUGGUGACCGUAAGUGCCCACUGCUCCACCCCUUGGGCCCAUCCACACCCCAUGCAAAGGCUGGUCCUCACUGGGAUUGUCAGCGGCCUGAAAGGUGCCACUGAAUUCAUCCCUUGCGUGUCCCCUCCCAUCCCUAGCCGUCUGGCACAGAGGGUGAACCUGUUAGAGGAGU